AUGGCCACCAGCGACCCGAACAAGAUCGUGCCAGCAACGAUUCUGACCGGCUACCUGGGGUCGGGCAAGACCACACUGCUAAACUACAUUCUGCAGGCCGAGCACGGCAAGCGCAUCGCCGUGAUCAUGAACGAGUUCGGCGACUCGCAGGGCAUCGACCAGGCGUUCACGACGGUGACCGACGAGGGCGCAAUGGUCGACGAGUGGCUGGAUCUGAAGAACGGCUGUCUGUGCUGCACGGUCAAGGACAAGGGCCUGAAGGCGAUCGAGUCGCUGAUGGAGCGCAAGGGCAAGUUCGACUACAUCCUGCUCGAGACCUACUGCGAUAUCCGCCUGGACGGAAUCGUGACGCUGGUCGAUGCGAAGAACUUUGACAAGGAGCUGAACGAGCCUGCGCCAGAGGGCGAGACCAUGAACGAGUGCCAGAAGCAAGCGCUGGCGCGGAUCGAACAGACGAUUGGCGAGAUCAACUCGGAGGCAGAUAUCCGCCGGUCGCAGUUCGCGGGUGUGCCGCUCGACUAUGUGCUGAACAUCAACGCAUACAGCAGCGUCACAACCAAGCACGCUGCCGAUACUGAGCAUGGCCACCACCACCAUGUCGAUUCGCGCAUCGGCACCGUGGCCAUGGCCGCACCGGCUCUGGUGCAAUGGGAGAUUGUCGACGAGUGGAUCCAGGAGCUGCUGUGGGAUGCACGUAUUCCCGGCACUAGCGGCGCUGCCGAUGGCAUGCCGGCAACAGAAGUUCUGCGGCUCAAGGCGCUGCUGGGCGCCAAGGACUACAUUCCGGUCGGCGGAGAGACCAAGCUGGAAAGCGCUACAGUAGUAGUGCAGGGCGUGCGCGAAAUGUACGACUCAUUCUCCGUGCCUGCACACUCUGACGACGGACUGCUGAAGCUGGUUGUGAUUGGGCGCAACGUUGACGAAGACAAGCUGCGCUCGUCAUGGGCCCAGCUACUGGCAAAGGCGACAGUUUCAGUCUAG